ACAAAAUUGAAUUUCUCUCCCUAUUGUGUACCAGGCAUUCAGAGGAUGUUUGUCAAGCUUGUGGGUUCCUGUCUACCCUGGGUCAACUUAGUCAGACUCAGAUAUUCACCAAACAUAGAAGGCUUAACUCAUUUCAAUGAAAUCCUCCAAGAAGCAGAUGGCAUUAUCCUCUCUCGUGCAAAUCUAGGCUUAGAGCUUCCUCUAGAAAAGGUGUUCUUAUUCAAAAGGAAGCCGUUUACAAGUGUAAUAUGGCCAGUAAGCCUGCAGUAGGGACUAGUAACUCGUGUUGUCGACACUGACAGAUAAAUUCAGAUCAACAUGUGCCAACUGCCAAAAAACUGAUGCGUCUAGCUGUAUUGGAUGGUGAACUGAGUUCCUCGGUCGAUCCUCACUUGAUACACGGGAGCAUCGGGCUGCUGGGUCGAUGUCGGCGUUGUUUUGACAAAAUGUCGUAAGUAGCCAUCUCGGA